AUGUCUUCUGGUUCCCACGCAGCCAUCAUACAGGAAUCUAUAAAACAUGGACUUACAUCAGCAGGUGCUGGUGCCGCGGACGGACACGGAACCCCCAACCCGGCCCGCAGCCGCCUUGUCAUGCUACCCAAAGUGGAAACGGAGGCCCUGGGACUCGCCCGGUCGAAUGGGGAACAGGGGCAGAUGCCGGAAAACAUGCAAGUGUCUCAGUUUAAAAUGGUGAAUUACUCUUAUGAUGAAGACCUUGAAGAGCUGUGUCCAGUCUGUGGAGACAAAGUGUCUGGGUACCAUUAUGGACUUCUCACCUGUGAAAGCUGCAAGGGAUUCUUUAAGCGAACAGUCCAGAAUAACAAAAGGUACACAUGUAUAGAAAAUCAGAAUUGCCAGAUUGACAAAACACAGCGAAAACGAUGUCCUUACUGUCGAUUUCAAAAAUGUCUAAGUGUUGGAAUGAAAUUGGAAGCUGUGCGAGCUGACCGAAUGCGUGGCGGUCGAAACAAGUUUGGACCAAUGUACAAGAGAGACAGGGCACUGAAGCAGCAGAAGAAAGCUCUCAUUCGAGCAAACGGACUGAAACUGGAAGCCAUGACUCAGGUGAUCCAAGCAAUGCCAACUGACCUGACAAUAUCCUCUGCAAUCCAGAACAUCCAUUCAGCUUCUAAAGGCCUACCUCUGAACCAUACUGCCUUGCCUCCCACAGACUAUGACAGGAGUCCCUUUGUGACCUCUCCCAUCAGCAUGACAAUGCCGCCCCACGGCAGUUUGCAAGGCUACCAAACCUAUGGCCAUUUUCCAAGCCGUGCUAUCAAGUCCGAGUACCCUGACCCUUACACUAGCUCACCAGAGUCCAUAAUGGGCUACUCAUACAUGGAUAGUUAUCAAACAAGCUCACCAGCAAGUAUCCCACAUCUGAUAUUGGAACUCCUGAAAUGUGAGCCUGAUGAGCCGCAAGUCCAAGCUAAAAUCAUGGCAUAUCUGCAGCAAGAGCAAGCCAACAGAAGCAAACACGAGAAGCUCAACACAUUCGGGCUUAUGUGUAAAAUGGCUGACCAAACCCUCUUCUCCAUUGUUGAGUGGGCUAGGAGUAGCAUCUUCUUUAGAGAACUUAAGGUUGACGACCAAAUGAAGUUGCUUCAGAACUGCUGGAGUGAACUCUUAAUUUUAGAUCACAUUUACCGGCAAGUGGUACAUGGGAAAGAAGGCUCCAUCCUCCUGGUUACUGGGCAACAAGUGGAUUAUUCCGUAAUAGUAUCCCAAGCUGGAGCCACCCUCAACAAUCUUAUGAGCCAUGCACAAGAACUGGUAGCAAAGCUUCGUUCGCUGCAGUUUGACCUACGAGAAUUUGUCUGUCUCAAAUUCCUGGUGCUGUUUAGUUUAGAUGUCAAAAAUCUCGAGAACUUCCAGCUUGUGGAAGGUGUUCAGGAACAAGUGAAUGCUGCUCUGCUGGACUACACAAUGUGUAAUUACCCACAGCAAACAGACAAAUUUGGGCAGCUUCUCCUGCGACUACCAGAAAUCCGGGCCAUCAGCAUGCAGGCCGAAGAAUACCUCUAUUACAAACACCUGAACGGGGAUGUGCCGUGUAAUAACCUUCUCAUUGAGAUGCUGCAUGCAAAGAGAGCAUAA